GCGAAAGAGGAGAGAGAGAGAGAGAGCUGCACAAGCUAGCGAGCGCGCUAGCUAGUUUUGUGUUCCCGUGUGAGGAUAAAAACAGGGUUUAGUGCGGCCACAAUGUCUGGAGGAACAAGCUUCGGGGCUCCCGGGACCAGCCAGGCCGUCACCGGACCGGCUUCACACAGGAAAAAAGACAGCAGUCCGUCCGCCAGGUUCUGGGAAAGUCACGAUACGUUAGCUCAGCUGGAGGUGGUGCGACAGUGGAUCGCAAAGCACUACAAAAAGUAUGUGUUGGUGGAUGCUCCAUCCUGCCAGGUCCUGGCUACAGUGACCCUGCAGCUCCUCCAGUUUCAAGAGGAUGCUUUCGGCAGACAGGCUGUCAGCCCCGCUCUCACCAAACUGCCUGCUCAGUGCUUCUUGGACCUGCGACCAGGUGGUGGACUUUGCCACAUUCUUGGAUCUGCCUACAAGUUCAAGGCCGAGCAGGGCUGGCGUAGGUUUGACUUGCAGAAUCCAUCAAGGACUGAACGCAACGUGGAGAUGUUUAAUACUAUAGAGAGGGCACUGAUCCAGAAUAACUGUAUGUCACUGCCUGUGGUGUACCUAGACCCUGCGCUGGAGCAGGAGCUUGCCAGCAGUCUGACAAGUAUUAUCACCAAGCACCAGGGUUCAGUCACUGAAGACCGAAUGCUUGCAAGUCACCAUGUCUACCCGUCACCAGCCUCCACAGAUGAAGAUGAAUGGAUGCGUCCUGUCAUGCGUAAAGACAAGCAUGUCCUGGUACACUGGGGGAUGCACCCUGAUAGUUAUGACAGCUGGCUGUCCUCAAGUGAUGUGGAGGGAGAAGUUGAAGAGCUGCCACAUCCAGAGAGGCCCUGGAGGGUCCAUGCUGGCUGGGUUCUGGACACAGAUGUUUUCAAUGAGUGGAUGAAUGAGGAAGACUACCAUGUGGAUGAGAGGCACGUACCUGUCAUCCUCCGCCAGCGUAUCCACCUCCGAGACGAGCAGGACUCAAAGUCCACCCCCUCUAAAAAGAGAAGACGCUCCCCCUCUCCUCCCUCUGAAGGCAGAAAGAAAGGAAAGAAGGGGAGAAGACGAGGCCAACAAGAGGAGGAACCAGAGGAGGACCUGACCAAAGAUAUGGAGGACCCAACUCCUGUCCCUAAUAUGGAGGAGGUUAUCCUGCCCAAGAAUGUCAACCUGAAGAAAGACAGUGAGAACACUCCUGUCAAAGGAGGGAUCAUGGCUGACCUCGACGAACAGGAGGAUGAUUUCCCAGGAAGGGAGGAUGAGGAAGGCAGGGGAGAGAUAUCUCGUCUCUCAGAGGGAGAGGAAAGCGUCACGGAACAGACCCAUCAUAUCAUCAUACCAAGCUACGCAUCUUGGUUCAACUACAACAGCAUUCACCAGAUAGAGAAACGUGCGCUGCCUGAAUUUUUCAAUGGGAAGAACAAGUCCAAAUCGCCAGAGAUCUACCUGGCGUAUCGCAACUUCAUGAUCGACACCUACCGGCUCAACCCGCAGGAGUACCUCAGCUCCACCUCCUGUAGACGAAACCUCACUGGAGAUGUCUGUGCUGUAAUGAGGGUUCAUGCGCUGUUGGAGCAGUGGGGUUUAGUGAACUACCAGGUGGAUGCAGAGAGCAGACCCCUCCCCAUGGGACCCCCACCCACCCCUCACUUCAAUGUCCUGGCUGACACACCAUCUGGACUCGCCCCGUUACAACACAAGCCCCUGCAGGUAACACACACACACACACACACACAGCCAAUGAUACAGCUCCACACAAAUUUGCUAGAGAAACCCAAAAUUCAUCAUCCUCAGAAGCAAGACCUGAUCCUCCUCCUCUCUCUAUCCGUGUCUUUUUCUCCUUCUCUCUCUCUUUCAUUCCUUCAGGUGUCAGCUUCCCAGCAUAUGUUGUAUUUCCCAGAAAAGAGCAGAGAGAAGCCGUCAGACUGUCAGAACUUUGGCCUGCGCACAGACAUCUACGCCAGAAAACACCCUAAGAGUAAAGGAGCGAGUGCAGGAAGGGAAUGGACAGAGCAAGAAACGCUCUUGUUAUUAGAGGCCUUAGAGGUCUACAGAGAUGACUGGAACAAGGUAUCGGAGCAUGUGGGCUCCAGGACACAGGAUGAGUGUAUCCUCCACUUUCUCCGUCUGCCGAUAGAAGACCCCUACCUAGAAGACUCCUCUGCCUCUCUUGGCCCGCUGGCCUACCAGCCCGUGCCUUUCAGCCAAUCAGAGAACCCCGUCAUGAGCACCGUGGCCUUCCUGGCAUCCGUGGUUGAUCCACGGGUGGCAUCGGCUGCAGCUAAGGCCGCACUAGAGGAGUUUUCUCGAGUACAGGAGGAGUCAGUGGAGAAAACCUCCAACCAGCCUGAAAAGACAGAGUCAAUGGAUACCGAGAAAAUGGAGUCAAACUCCACCUGCCAUCAGGUCCCUGCUGGGACAGAUGGCCUCAAGGGAGAAUCCAGUGGGGUAAAGGCAGAGGGAGAGCGAGUGAAAAGAGAGAAUCCUGAAAACACACUCACAGAGGACAGAGAUGGCAGGGGAGAUGAAGAGGAUAGUGGAGGGCAGAGGGACAGAGAUGGGGAUGAUGGGAGGAGAGCAAUGGAGCUGGAUCUGGUGGAGGGUAGCGUUUCCAUGGCAGCAGCAGCUGCUCUGGGCUCAGCCGCCACAAAGGCCAAGCACCUGGCAGCAGUAGAGGAGAGGAAGAUCAAGUCUCUGGUGGCUCUGCUGGUAGAGACCCAGAUGAAGAAGCUGGAGAUCAAGCUGAGACACUUUGAGGAGCUGGAGACCAUCAUGGACCGCGAGAAAGAGGCCUUGGAGCAGCAGCGGCAGAAGCUUCUGUCAGAGAGGCAGACUUUCCACGCUGAGCAGCUGAAGCAUGCAGAGAUGAAGGUUCGCCAGCAGAGGGAGCAACAGGGACAGACUGGAUUCACAAUGCAGCACUCAGGCCAGUCUGUGCCCAGCCGGAUGUUGCCUAGUGGCGGAAAUGCACAAACCAUGGCCCCUCGCCACCCUGGAGCCCCCAACGGCAUGUACCCGUCGUCGCAGCCUGAUGGGACAGCAGCAGCCCAGCCUGGUCCUCCAGCAUCCAGCCACAGCUGAGCAGGCCAGACAUGCGGUGCACGCUACGGUGUCGGUCCACACAUAUUUUUAAAAAAACAAAAUCGAUGCACACAUAUGUACAGAAACAAAAUCUGAAGUCUCAGUACCUUUUCAGCUGCAUCAUGUCAUGUGUUCAUACGCUGAAACAGACACACUCGCACAUCAACACAUUUGGCCUGUCUGUGGUCAGUGGCUUAGCCUCUCUGCUAUCUGUGAAAUGUUUGUGUUCUGACUUCUGAGUUGAGACAACUGCAGACUGAACUCAGCUCAUUAAAGUUGUUUUAUACAUGAAA